AUGUUUGAAUACUUUGGACCAUUUUUUGUAUCAAUGUUUAAAGUAGUUCGCAAUGUUUUAUCAAUUACUUUAGUUUUAAUUAUUAUAAUUAUUGCAUUUGCACAUUCAUUAUAUAUUUUGCUAAGACCAAAUAGUGAAUAUUCUUAUGAUUAUCCAAGUUAUACUAGUGACCCUAAUAAUCCUUGGAAUCUUGUUACAAGAUAUCAAUCUAUUUUACAUGAUGGUAUUAUUGAAACAAAUUCAUCUCUUAUUGAAACUCCAGAUGGAAAUACAAAUUUGUUUGCUAAUUUUGGUAUUGCUUUAUUAGCAGUAUAUUUUAUGCUAAUUGGUAUUAUAUUAGUUUAA